CUACAACAAUCAAAAGUCCAAACUAAAGACUUAAGAAAAAAACCUUAAAAAAUAUUCAAAGUGUUGCGCUUUGUGUUUUUUUUUUGUUUGUGCUAUGGGUCUUGCCUUGGUGUUGGGCUUUCCCAAGAGCAUAGAGAGAUACUUGUAGAGUGGCCUGGCCGAGGGAGGCUUGAUUGCUUUUUGACUGCAACCAUCCAUCGAGCGACAGCCAAACAGCGACACUGCCACCAUCACCACCACCACCACCAUCAUCAGUAUCAGCACAAAGGCAUGUAAAUUGCAGAGCCCUUGAUUUUAAGCACCAGAUACGUUCAUUAAGUCUGUGCAAGACGUUCCGCAAUCUGAAAACGCGUUUCUUAAAGCCGCGGCAACGUUUGCAUGUUGAUAUAUGUGUGUGUGUGUGUGUUUUUUUUGUAUUUUCAUCAUCUUCAUCAUCGUGUCUUCGAUUGAUCGCUCGCUUAUACUACGUUCGCCGCCCGUUGGCUGGCUGCUAAGCUCCUUCGUAUUAUGUGCCAGCCAGCCGUCUGUCCGUUUAUAUGUCAACUAUCGCUGUUGUCGUUGUGUGCCACCCAAAAUGUGAUUUCGAAAAUUCAUCCAAAUGGCAAUAAAGUAUUCAAAUUAAAAGAAAAUUAAAGAUCAGAUGAGAUAUUUUAACGCAAAUUGCUUGCAAAUUAAAUUGCCGUGUACAUAACAAAGAGAACAAAAAAAAGGAGAGAAAAAUCUUGAUAAAGUCUGUUUAACACAAAACAGAAUGUGAAUAAGAAAAGAUCAAAAAAAAAAGUGUUGCUGCGGAAUAUUUGUGCCCAAUUAUGGAAUGUUUUGGAAAAACGGCAUCGACAUGUGAAGAAUGAUGGAUAAAUAAAAAAUAUACAAAAAAUAUCAAAAAUAUCGAAAAAUUUGAAUAAUAUUUUGACAAAAAGUGAAUUUGUGAAGAAACUUUGUAUGCUAUUUCAAAUACCAGUGCAGCAAAGAUUUAUUUAAAAUAAUAAAAGAAAAACCGAAAGAAAAAAACAACCAAAGGCCCAAAGUCUAACUACUCUUGUUUGGAGUGCGCGUGUGAAUUUCAGCGUGUGUGUAUGUGUGUGUGUGUGCGCGAAAAACUAAGAAAAUUGAAAUUGGGAACAAAAAACGAAGCACUUGCUGUGUUGUUGUUGGUUUUGUUAAAGGGAAAAUCUAACGGAAAAAUGCAACAUUGAACAAAAUGCUUUUGGCCCUACAACAAGCACAACAACGCCAACCUGCACAACAAAUAGACCAACAACCAUUAUUUUGGUCACUAUCACCAACACUAACUCAUUCAACUCCACCAUCAACAACCACAUCAAGAGUUUUAUCAUCAUCAUCAUUGUUAACUUCAUCAUUAUUGCUUUUAUUAAGGCGGCCAAGCAACAAACAGCAACAACAAAGGCUCUACAGUAAAGAAAAUUUAUUUUUAAAACAAACUUUUCACGUUGGUCUUAAAGUUAUUGUUUUUUAUUGCCGCCAUCGCAGUCGCUUUGGCUGUGUCAACGUCACCAUCAACAUCAACGCCGUCAAGAGCUGUGCCACCAGUGCCGACUUUAUUGUCGCUGCCAACGUCACCGCCACUUCGACCACCACCACCACCACCACCACCCCCGUUAGCUGCUAUAAUACAUCACCUGUACGACAUACGACUCUUACCGUUGCAGAAAAGAAAACUACAACAUCAGGCCAAAAGCAACAACGACGCAAAGAGAAGACGACGACUACGACAACUACGACUAGCGUAAAAUGGAACCCUCAUAUGAUCACGAACAUCCACAUCAUCCACAUCAACAACAACAACAACAGCAGCAGCAACAACAACAUCUGCUAACAAAUUACAAUUCAAAAAAAUACAACUCUCCCAUAAAUCGUACCCCUGAAUAUCAGCCGAACUCCAGUACAGGAGGCGAUUUACAUGAACAGCCUUCUUUACUUGCCGACGGUCGUUUAAGCUCAAUGCAUGAGGCAGCUUCGGCAGCAGCAUCAACAUCCAAUAGCGACAUAGCCUACCAAUAUCGCCAUGGCAGUGAGCAUUCCUCAUCCAGCCUGCAUUCACCGGUAGUGGUGCAUCAUUCCACCUCCAGAUCCACACCCACACACAGCAACAACAACAAUAGUUAUGAGGGGGGCGAACAUAUGCAGCAAGAGGCUCAUGUUUCGGGAGCUGCUGUUUCAUUACCUUUAACCUCACAGUGUCACAAUUCGGUGAUAAUGUCCCAUUCAUAUAUGGGCUCAACACCAUCGCCGGUACCAGCUGGGCACCAGCAGCAACAACAGCAAUUGCAACAGCAACAACAUUUAAUUGGCACCAGCAUGCCAGGUACCAUGUUGGCCAAUAACAGCAGUAGCCCCUCAUCCUCUUCCAACGCCACUAUGCUGAAUAAAUAUCUGACACAUCCAAAUAUGAUGUCAAUUGCCAUGUCUUCGGAUACCGAAGAUUAUGGUGGCCACAUGGGUAUUGGUGGCGGUGGUGGUGGUGGCGUUGGACCAUCAGUGAUGGGGCCGGGUCAUCAAGCUAACCUGAUGGAUAGUCCCAUGUGGGCCUAUGACUACAAGGGAGAGUUGUGUGCCGCCAAUGCCAGUUAUCUGGAACGGCACAAAUUAGUCAACGAAGUCAAGUUUCGAGCCGUAGCCAGCAAUCAGUCCAAAUGUGCCAAAGAAGCCAGAAUACGAAGGCCCAUGAAUGCCUUUAUGGUGUGGGCCAAAAUUGAGCGCAAGAAAUUGGCCGAUGAGAAUCCCGAUUUACACAAUGCCGAUCUGAGUAAAAUGUUGGGUAAAAAAUGGCGUUCUCUGACACCUCAGGAUCGCCGGCCCUAUGUGGAGGAGGCCGAACGUCUGCGCGUCAUACACAUGACCGAACAUCCCAACUACAAGUAUAGACCUCGCAGAAGGAAACAAUCGAAAAUACGCUCGCUACAAACGAAUGGUGUGGCCAAGGAGCAAAACGGCUCGGCCGGUGCUCAAUCGCCCAAUAAGAAUGCCCAGCAUGCCAACAAUCAGGUGAAGUCUUCUGCCACCCCACCUUCCAAUUCCAUGUCUUCUGGGACUUUUGAUACCAAUUCCAAUCAAAGAAACUCAACACCUCAAAUGCAAAUACCACCCACAAGUGGAGCCCCUACCAACAGCAGUGCCUCCCUCUAUGAGCAAACACUGAGGCCCAACUAUUCGCCCAGUUCUUUGGAUUGCUACAGUAACCCUGAUAUGACAACUGGUGGAGGAGAUAACCACAACGACUAUAUGAAUUGUCAGCCACCCACAUCGCAAGGCCAUGAGUUGAACUCAAGAUCAGGUCACAACUUUACUCUGGAAGAGCCCAGCAAUGGGGUGAACUCUACUGCGGCCUACAAGAAAAGCUGUGGCCGCAAUGCAGCGCUGAAUGCUGCAAAAACUCCAGCCAGAAAUCGCUCCUCGGGGGGUUUAGGCAAUAAUGCGGCAGCGAAUAAAACCUCCAAGGAUUCGCAGAAGACCAAGGACAAUGACAGUACAAUACAAUCGCAUUCGUAUCCCCUUAGUGCCACCUCAAUGUCUGUGGUGGCUGGUCGGGGCAUGUAUGUGACCUGCACCAAUCGUGGUCUACUAGAUCAUGGCCAUUCGGUUAAGGGUACUUUCUAUCCGCCAGUAUCCUCUUUGGAUGAGGACAAACAUCAUAUAAGCAGUCACACCAAUGUGAUGAGUUCUACGGCGCCACCUCCCACCUCCAACAUUCACUUGGGCUCCAUGGCCUAUGCCUCGCAACAUGCCCAUGCACAUGUGCAUCAGAGUGAUUUGGGUUUCUCGCAGGCCAGUGUAACUGCCACUGGCGAUUAUCUGGUGGCUUCCAAUGCCUACAAUGUCAGUCCCAAUGUAACAUAUGAGGAUUAUUUGCGUUACACCUCCUCGGCGGCAGCAGCUGCCCAUGGAGCACAAUUUGCCGAAAGCGAUUAUGUUUCGGCCACCGGAGAUAGUGCGGCAGCCAACAACCUGGAUGAGGAAACUCUGAAAACGCUUAAGCAGAGCAAAUAUCCUGACUCGAAUCAUAAUUACGAUGGCUACGAAACAUUCAAUCCCAUGGUGGUGUCCACCUCUAGUGGCACUUACUACAGCCAAUUGCCCUAUUCGCUGGCCGGACAAUCAUUUCCCCUACAAUUGGCGCUGCCUUUGCAGCAGUCUCCUCUGUCGAGUGGAGUUUAUGGCCAAGUGGCGGCACACAAUCAAAAUCAAAGUUAUCUCCACUACAAUCACUAUAGUCCACAAUUGACAACACAAAUGUCCCAUUUAAACGAGGGAGCGGGUACUCCACCCUCCCAAUUGGGUGGUGGUUUGAAUAUGACACAAACAUCCACAAAUUCAACAACUUUGGCCAACAGCCUGGUUCAAUCUUCAGCAUCCUCGUCCUCUAGUUCGGCAUAUACACCCCAUCCGCAUGGCCACCAUCAUCAUCACCAUCACCACCAUCAUCCCCAGGUGUAUGCAGGUGCUGUGCCCAAUACAGGCGCUGUUUUGGGGGUGGGUGAAAUGCUACUGGAGUCGCGACGUGAUGAAGAGAUUAGCAAUAUAUUGGCUGGAGUACGCAAAACCUGCUAUAGCAAUUGAGAAGAGGAUCUGCUAAAGAUCUUCUUAAAUAAAGACAACUUUUAACAUGCAUUCUCUUAGAAAAUUGAUGCUUGUUAUGCUCUUUCUCGCCUUAAGAUUAAAAGAUAGUAUUUUUUCUAUUUAUAAAGUUUGUAUACCCUUUAGUUGUAUUAGUAGUAGAGUGCUUAUGUGUGAGUGUACUUUGCCCCUGGAACUCGGUGGUUUACCCCCCACAAUUGAAUUUUUGUUAAUUUUUUUGUAAAAGAAUUUUGUU